AUGCGAUCAGAAUUGCUGUUGUUGAUCUCUGACUUUACGACCUUCGGACCGUUGCUGUUGCUACGCAGCUCCAUGCGCUUGGGCUCCUUGUUGUCAGUCUAUGGCAUGUCAUGUCCCGACUUGUUGACUUUGGCACUGGAUCCUAUCCAUUUCGAGAGUCCCUUGUUGUUACACGGAUUCUGUCGGGCAGAAUUGCCUUUGUUGGUCUUCGGGAUGGUUCGAGUUGAUUUGGUGCUGUCAAUGUUGGAUCUUUUGAGUCCGGGCUCGGCUCUCUUGACCUUUGGAAUGGCACGCCUGGGGUCUUUGAUGUUGGCACUUGACUUUGCACAUUUGGGCUCGUUGCCAUUGUCGAAGGCAUUCGCAUGUUUAGAUCCCGCCUUGUCAGUCUUUGGCAUGUCCUGGCUGGAUCCUGUGGCACCGGUGUUGGACCUCAUUCAUGUGGGUAGCAUCUCAUCACUGCGAAGCCACAGCUGCUCUGGACCUGUGUUGUUGGUUUGGGGCAUGAGCUGCUUGGGACUCUCGUUGUUGACGUCAGACUUCGUGGGUAUGGGCCUGUCAUCAUCAUCACAAAGCUUCACCCGGCCAGGUCCAGCUCUCUUGGCCUAUGGCUUCUCUUGCCUGGCGUCCUUGUUGUCAGCCCUGGAUUUCGUGAAAUGUGGAUCUUUCACACUGUUGCGUUCAUAUGCAAAGAUAGACCUGGCGCUGUCGGCAUAUGGAAUGACAUGGAUUGGCUCCGCUCUGUUCUUGCCGGACCUCUUGAGCUUAGGUUUGUUCCCAUCACCCAGGAGCUUUGCACGCUUUGGCCCGGCCAUUUCGCUUUAUAGCAUGACUCGACUUGGUUUCGUCUUUUCUGUGCUGGAUCUUUUGCAUAUGGACUUUCUCACGUUGCUUCAAUCAUCCUUGCGUUUUGACCCAAUGCUAUUCGUCUCUGGGCUAUCCAGGCUUGGUUCGGUGCUGUUGGCUCUUGACUUCGUGAUGAUGAGCUCGUCCGUGUCGCUCCGGUCACACAUGCGCACAGGGUCGGCCCUUUCCGUCUAUGGCAUGGCACGGCUAGGAUUUUUCUUGUUUCCGUUGCACGUGUCAACACUGGGCUCGUUCUUGUCACCUCGGGCACCCAUGAAUAUUGGCCUCACACCGUCAGCUUAUGGUCUGACCAGAUCUGGAUUUCCACUGCUGGUCCCUGACCAUGUACAUAUUGGCAGCUCCUUGUCUCUCAGAGCCUUAGGUUCCUCAAGAAUUGGCUUCACCAUGCCAGUCUUCGGCAUGAUCUGUUCGGGGCUGUUGACGUCAACGCUUGACUAUGCACGCAUGAGCAGCUUCAUGCCGGCGCGUUUGUUUGUCUAUGGCGUGCUUUGCAUGGACUUCUCUCCAUCGAUUCUGGACUACCUGCAGUUAGGCUCCUCGUUGUUUCUUCGAAGUUUCGUUUGUUGUGACUUUGCUUUGCCACUCUAUGGAGUCGCAUGUUUGGAGUUGCCAUUGUUGGCCUUGGAAUAUGCUUGGACGGAGAGUUUCAUGUCCUUCAGAUCCUUCUCAAGGCUUGACUUUUCACUUCCUGCCUAUGGCAUGGCUUGUUCAGAUUUCACCUUAUCAGCAUUGGACUUUGUGACUCUGGGCUUCGCAACUUCCCUGAGGGCUCUUGCACACUUGGGAUUCUUCAUGUUUAUGCUGGGACCUUUGGACAUAGCUUCGGGCCUCAAGGUCUAUGGCCCAAACGACUUUGAAUCAGCGUGUCCUGUACGAAGCUAUGCACGAUCUGACCCAUCCCUAUCACUCUACGGAAUGACUCGUCUCGAUUCAACGCUUCCUCUACUGGAUUUUGCAACCAUUGGUUCAUGCUUGUCCCUGCAAAGCUACUGUCGAACGGGCUUGUUGUUUUUUGCCUUUGGCUUGAUUUGUUUGGGAGAGUUUUUAUUUGCUCUUGACUUUGUAUCACUUGACAGUUCCAUGUUGCUAAGUUCACCUAUCCAAUUGGGCGAUGCGAUGUCUCUCUACGAUUUUGCCAAUUUCCGCAGCGGUCUUUUGUUAAGAAGCUACGCACGACUUGGGAGUUUGAUAUUGGUCUAUGGCUUGGCGCAACUUGGCCCUUCGUCCUCAGCCUUGGAUUUCGUGCACAUGGGAUUCUUGCUGUUCCUGCAAUCUUUUGGAUGCUUAGAGUCUUCCGUCUCUGUGUAUGGCGUUUCAAGAUUGGGACAUAGCCUGUUGGCCUUAGACUUUUCGGAGAUGGGCUUCGCACCAUUUCCAAGGAACUCUUUGCGUCUUGGAAGUAUGAUUUUCACCUAUGGCAUGUCCUGUAUGGGAUCUACACCACCUGUAUUGGACUUUGUCGUGCUGGGACUCAUGCAAAUUGGUUCAUCUCCUUCUCUCUAUGGUCUGGUUUGCUUGGACAGUUUGCUGUUUGCCCUGGAUUUUGCUCAUCUCGACCUUCUGUUUCAUGUGAUCGGACUCUGCAUUGUUCGUUUUCGGGAUGAGUCGCCUUGGACCUCCGUUGUUGAUGCUCGACUCUCUGUCUUUGGGUCCUUUGUGAGAUUUGAACUGAAUUUAUCGGUCUUUGGCAUGGAAAGAUUGGGCUUUUUCUCAUCUGCCUUGGAUUUUUUCCAGCUGGACCUUGUGCUGCUUACGAGGAGAUUCCCUUUGUCCACCCUUGACCAUCUUCAACUGGACCUUUCGCCCUCUUCGCAAAGUUUCAUGCAAAUCGGAUUUUCGAUGUCACCCUACGGUAUCAGUUGUAUGACUUCUGUGUCAACCUUGGACUUUGUGCAACUGGGUUUUCCAUCAUUCCUCCAAAGCCCUGCUCAAAUCGAUUUCUCUCCAUUCGUUUGGGGCAUUAUGCGGCCGGGUUUUAGCCUUUCUCUUCUGGACUGGUGCAGCGUCGACUUCAUACUGUUUUUGCGAACUUUCGUCCAGCUGGGCUCUGUGUUGUUGGUGUUUGGAAUGUCGCAGUCGGAGCCAUUGCUUUCAGCCUUGGACCCUGCCAGCUUGGGAAGCACAUUGUCAUCGAGGUCACCUGCCAGAUCAGAGUUCUCACUGCCAACUGAGGGAAUGAGUCGUUCAGAUUUUCCCCUGUCCCUGUCGGACUUUGUUCAGAUGGGUUUCUCCAUGUUGCCCAGAGGCCUUGCUUGGUCAGAGCUCUUCCUACCACUUUUCGGAGUUUCAAAACUCGAAUCGACAUCACUGGCACCAGAUCUCUUGCACCUCGGUAGCUUCCUGUCGAUGCGAUCGUAUGCCCAAUUGGGCUCCGUGAUUUCUCUCUACGGCAUGACAUGGAUGGAAUUCACAUUGUCAACACCUGAUCUUGUCCUCAUGGACUCGGCCAUGCCGUUGCGAAGCCCCAUUUGA